GAAGAAAGGAAUACCGAAAACCGAAAUUUUAAAAGCAGGAAUGGGGGAAGGGUGCUCGAGGUGUGUGUGUGUUUGGAAAGUGGGGGGUUAUUGCAGUCUGAGAUCGUGGAUUUGUCUACCCGGUGUGAAAAGUGAGUUCAAGAAUCGAGGUUUGGAUUUUGUUUUGGCUUAAACGCGUGUGACCUAGACCUCAAAUGUGGACGGAGCUGAAAGGAACAAAGAGAAAAGGAAAGUAGCGACAAAUCCGAGAAUGCGAUUUUCUUCAUUAUUUCGGUUUAAAAAUCCGUAUUUAAUGACAAGGAUAGCCUAAAUUGUAGUGCGGUGCGUGUCAAACUCGAAACAAAGGAGCAGAUGUUUUCCCUUAGUACUACAGCUUAUGUAAGUAAGUACUGUAAUAAAUGAGCUUCCAUCGUUGAGACUAUUAUUCAGCAUUUAAUUACUUUGUCGGGGUUUAUGUCCUAUAGAAGGACCUGGAACUGCGAGUUGCUGAUCUGGGACCAGAUCGGACCAGUACCGCAGGCGUGUGUGUUGGUAACGCUGUCAAGGCAGGAAACAAAGAAAGGAGACAAAGCCCACAGUCCCCCGAAUUCAAUUACAUGCGAAACCCAGUCAUUUAGCCGCCGUUUUUAGCGCAGAGUGACUCCACGGGGUGUGGGUUUAGGGGGUGCAAGCGUCUGAACAUGUUGGGAUGGGAAAACCGUGGUAUUUUCGAGCAAAUCAAGCCAUUGUGCGUUCCUUAGCAUGACUCAGUGUUUUUGAAGGGGACCAGUUUGCGGCCUGUCUGGUCACAAUGCGCUAGCCUUCCCUGUUCCUUCAGUGGGGGUAUUUCGGACGUCUCUACCACCUUACAGGAAUUACGCUAGUUUUUUUUUUAACUGAGUUUUGUCUUUUUUUUUUUAAUUUCACAAUCCUAGUUCCCCGGGAAGUGACUCACUGGUUCAUAAAAGACGGAGCAGGAGAGGAAACACGAAAACGUGUACAGACUUGUCUCCCCCUCUACCCCAUACCCACUUUUUUUUUUUGAAAAGCAGCAGUCUUAUACGUGGGUGGCGGCUCUUGUUUUAACUUUGUACGUUUUUAAGGUGAUGAUAUUAUCAGAACUAGAGUAGUGGACGAGAUUACCGAUAUGUUUUUUCUAGGGAUAAAGAAUUAGGGUCAGACGGCAGAGGGGGGACAACUUUGACGCAAUACCCCGUGGAUUUGCGCUUGUUUGUCUUGUGACAUUUUUAGGUUAUUCGGAUUAUGGCGUCAUUUAGAAGGGAAAUUGCAUUUUGAGUGCUUGUCGACUCGGGUAUUUUAAGACUUAUUACCGCCUCACACUUUUCAAAAAUUAGUUGUGACGCUCAUCACAGAUAAGGUGAGGUGAGUCGAGAGAAGAUUCAUUUUAAGUUUACAAGGUGGUUGUUAGUCUCUUUAGAAGAAACAAGAUCCGCAGAACCGGGCGCCGUUGUGUAACUUUCAAAUCCCCUUGUAUUGUUUUGAGAAAUGACUAGCGGGAGAGCCAUAUUGUAGUUUUGUUUUUGUUUUUUGUUCUGCGGUCUUUUUUUUUUCUGGGCACACGAAAGUCCAGCCUCGAUGGGACAUUCAGCUUAUGGGUAUGUUUGUCCUCCUACAGAAAGCGCACACUUGCCUUCGUCUUUCGCCAGAAAACCCCGGCGCUAGAUCGCUUCUUCCUUCCUUGUGUGCGUGUCGGGGGGUGGGGGGAGGCGGACUCUCGGGUGAGACGGGGCUGCGGCUCUGUGUAGGAGCUACACCAGCCGCCGGGAUAAAAAUAGCCGCUGAUUUCAGAGCUGCCGUCGGUGAGGCUUUCUGUAUCUGCGCCUCCAGAUCUGCGCGUCACAUCGCGCCCGUGUGACAGGCGGAAGCCGGCGCCCCACGUGACGGCGAGCCGCAGACCGGGCGGGCGCGCACGUGACGGGAGCGGGGAUUGGCUUUCCGGGGAAAACCUGCGUUGACGCACCGGAUAAGACCGUGUGUUUUUGUGUGCGUGUGUGUGAGAGAGAGAGAUGGCACUGGCCAGACCUGUUUGCCCUUUACCAUUCGGGGACAGGUCUCGCUGAACGUGCUGCGCGGUGUUACGCAAGCCCUCUCAUUCAUUCUGCUGCUUUGGCAUCCACGUCAGAGGGCAAGGAAUCGUUCUCCAUUAAUGGCAGCCCUCUUUGUUAUGCGCAGGAAUUGGAAGUAAUGGCAGUCGAUGUAGUCAAGACAGGAGCUUUUGCUUCUUUUUAAUGCCUCAUUUCCAAACGUGUCGUCAGCUAGAUGAAUGUGCGUUAUGUAAUGGAAGGUUCACCUGGCGCGAUCUGGGUUUUGUAAACCCUGUCCCCCGCCGAGGGUUGUUUGAUGUGGUUGGUGGGCGCAAAUAGUGUUUUCCUCUUCGGGCAGUGAUGGCCUUCUCACCUGCGAGUGCACUGCAUGGCCGGCGCCCGGAUUAAUUGUUUUACCUACCACGUGGAUGUAAAUGUGCAAAAGUGCUAAUUAAGUAGCUUAAGGAAUGGAACUGUAGAGCUUUAAAAUCGCGAUUAGUUAAACCCGUUUACAGAAAUCCUGUAAGGUUGGUGGUUACUGGACUGGUUUUGUCUCCAUGUGUCGCGACGCGUGUGCUCGGGCAGAGCUUAUUCUAAGUGCUUGGCUUGUUACAUUUUGGGAGUUCUCGAUACUGUUUUCGGACAACAGCAGCUCCAUUUGGCUUUAUCAUUCAAUGUCGGCAAGGUCCAACAUCAACAGAGCUCGCUGAGAUUACUCAUCCUUUCUGAGCCGUGGAACACCCACGUUAUGUGCAGAUGAAUUCAUUGUUGAGCACUUACUGAAGUUUCAAUUGCUUUUUUUUUAAUGGUAGGCUGCAGAGCUACACAUUUCCCUUUUUGAAAGUGGGAAAUGUAAAAGUGAGUAAUAGGAUCAAAAAUAGCCUCUGUCAAUUAAUGCUGCACUAAAUUUAUCCCCAAGGAACUGUAGGUACCUUUUUUACCCAAGUUUGAGAGGAUUGUGGUAUUUUCCAAGCAGAUUAUUUUUGAGGAAGUCUAGUUUGAGAAUCCAGUGACUCUGUGAACAUUUUUUUUUCUUACAGUAAGAUAAUAGUGGCCUAUUACAUAGAUGCCUCUUGGGGAAACAGUUGUGUUUUCAGCCUGGAUUUGAGCCUUGGCACAAUUUAGAGGCUGUUGUCAGAUUGGCAUUCCUCUUGCAAUUAAUUGGACAGCAACCCUACCAGAAAGUUCGUGUUUAAACAAGAUUCCCUAAUUGGAUUACAGGAAACAUUAUUGGAUACAAAUCAAAAUCAGAUUCACAUGGACAAAAGCUCGUAACUUUGGUGUAAAAUCUACAAUCAGGAAGUGGUGAAAAUAAAGACUUGAGAACAUGCUCUGUGUUGUACCAUUGAAGCUUGCUUUGCUGGAUACAGUUUGAGUACAGUAAACCCUUUCUAGUAUGGUCAACAAAAAAUCAAGUUAUACAGUCUGCAUCAGGAACACACUGGUACCAAUUCUUCUAGUUCUGGAUUUAAUGACACCUUAAGGGGAUUCAGUACACUAGGAAAUCAACUGGCAAAAGAGGUCUACAAAAACAGUCUUAUAUCUUCUCUGGCCAAGUGCCAAUUGUCAAGCAUCUGGAAAAACGGAUAUGGCCCAAGAGACGAACCAGAGCCCAGUGCCCAUGCUGUGUACGACAGGCUGUGGCUUUUAUGGGAAUCCUAGGACAAAUGGAAUGUGCUCUGUGUGCUACAAAGAGUACCUGACAAGGCAGCAAAGCAGUGGCAGAAUGAGUCCAAUCAGCCCAAUUGGUGCUGGCAGCACAUCCAGUAGUCCUACUUCGGAAGCCUCCGCAAUCCAGAGAAUAGAAGCCAGUUUAAGUAACUCCGACGUCUCUUCUGUUAGCGCAGCCGAAAUAUCAAGAGGUAUGCCAACUGCUUCCUUGCCUGUUACUCAACAAAUGACAGAAAUGAGCAUUUCCAGGGAGGACAAGGUCAUAUCGCCGAAAGCAGAACCAGCAGAACCAGUUGUAACACAACCCACUGCAUCAACUUCACAUCCAAAUGCACCUGGCAGUGAUGAGGCAAAGGCACCUGAAAUGCCCAAGACAAAGAAGAAUAGGUGUUUCAUGUGCAGGAAGAAGGUUGGGCUAACGGGUUUUGAUUGCCGAUGUGGAAAUUUGUUUUGUGGACUUCACCGUUAUUCAGACAAGCACAACUGUCCUUAUGAUUACAAAGCAGAAGCUGCUGCAAAAAUCAGGAAAGAAAACCCUGUUGUUGUUGCUGACAAAAUCCAGAGAAUAUAAGGAACACAGCCUUAUUACACGGAACACUGUUAAGAGUGGAUAAAAGACUAAUUUUUUAUUACAAUCUUGAGAAACCUAUACAGAGCAGAUGCAUGAACGAUCGUUUUUUUUUCCUGUGGUGUAUUGUUUUUUUUUUACAAAAUGUGCGGCCCAGGGCAUCAUUUCAGGAUAUCUUCUCUAUAUUGUCCUCCAGCUUCCUCUUUCUGCCUCACUAGCUAGAUUUGUUUGUGCCAAAAAUGGAUUUGGAAUUUUUUUUUCAUUCUUGGAAAGCAGGAAUUUGUUUGCAAGUCUUCAGCAGUCUUAUGAGGGUCAAACCUUAAGUAUUAGUAAUCCCAACGUUUUUUUUCUCUAGGUUUUUUCAUUCGUAUUAUUUUUUAAUAAAAAAAAAAGUGGGUAACGAGUAUUUGAAUGUCUAUAUGUGGUCUUUGUCCUGAGAGAUUGGUAAGGGUUUGGCUUCUUCUAAAACGCUGUCGGAUGCAUGGAGGGGGCAAGUUUUUAUUACUGCACUGUUUACUGAGACUCUUGAUGGUAGCUGUCAUGCUAUUGCACUCGCUGUCCAAAGCAUUAAAUGGAAUAGGCAAAUAAUAAUUUUAUUACUGUAGCUAAGAACCCCAGUGCACACAUCCCUUUCAGUACCAGCUCCUGUCCAUUCACAGUUGUAGUGAAGCGUAACAAGAUCUGAUGGGCCUUUUACCCUGACAGAACUCUUCUGCAUGUCCUAUGCCUUUCGUGGCUCCUAUUGCAAUACCUUGUGAAUUGCAGCAUUGACCUUGAGUGUUCCUCUUGCUGAUUGUGAUGUUGCACUAAAAGAAGAACCUUAUUUGUGCCAUACGUUUAUCAAUGUAAUGGGAUCCUUGCAGAAUGAGUCUAGCAGGCCUACAGGACAAAGAUGUUCCCCAAUAGGGUUUUUAAUAUGAAAUUAAAAAUUCCAUUGAAUAGUCCUUAUUUAUUGAACCCAUUUAAUAUGCAUCUCUUUAAACUAGGUGUAAUGAGUAUUUCUGCAGUGUUCUUUUGGUCUUAAAUUCUCCUUGCUUUAGUUGCCUACUGUAGGGGAAUGACUGUUUGCUGCUUAUAACGUUUAGUCAGUAAUAAUGUGAUGGUUACUUGAUGCCUGAAGCAAUGCCCAAAUAGCUUGCCCCUUUUCUGUUUUUACUUUGGGUGUAGGAGUGUAGUAUUAUUGGGUGUAUUGCAUGGGUUGCGUAUCUACGAUAAUGUAAAAUAUCUGAAUUGUAGAAAUGGCAAUAUACUUCACUAAUGCUUGUUCAAUGUUUUCACCUCUAUAAUGAAAGGUUUUUGUAAUGUCUAGAGAUCGUGCUGAUAUUUACAUAUAUAAUGUGUAUGUGUACCUACUGGGUAUGUGAGACGCUCUAUGUAUACACACACAUACCUACGUGCAUACAGGGGUCAUGUGAAAUGCUGCCCAAAGAGUAGCCUCUUCAGCAGCUUGCCUGGUGUCUUGCUUGGAGAAUUCUUUAAUCUCACACAAUCAAUAAAGAAUUCAAAGAUGUGACAUUAGAAGUGGAGAUUUUUGAUUCAAAUUCUGUUUCAAACAGGUCUUUUUAAACUUAAGUUGUUUUGAAUUCCACUUUAGGUGUGAGCUGGAGCCUUUACAUUUCCUGACUAAUGCAGCAAAUCUUAAUUUGGACCCCUGUAUAUAUGUAUACUUAUAUAGUCUAAAUUAGCAGUAUGGUAACAUUCUUGUAAAUAAACUGUAUUCUUUUAAGUUUUAACUUUUUUUUUGGCUGAUCCGCACUGUUUUUCCUGUAGGGAUGUGAGGUUUUGCUUUAAAGAAUUUUAUGUAUCCAUUGGAUUUUAACUUUAGUUAUGCAGAUUUGUACAAAGUGUGUUCAUAUUUAUGUAUUGCAUAUAAUCCUGUUACUCAGCAUUAAUGCAAAAUUGUAUCAUGUAAAUAAAAUUAUGUACAGAGAGAUGUUAUAAAGCUUUUCUGUAUCA